AUGGCUAGCCAGGAAUCGCUGUUCAAGUCGCAAUUCGACGACGACGCAGGCGUCAAGAGCGGGUCCCGCUCAGACGAGCCCGACAGAAUCCAAAUCAAGCCCGUCAACGACGAGGACGACACCUCGGUGAUGAUCACGUUCAACCAGAAAGUGUCGCCCUUCAUCAUCGUGCUCACGUUCGUCGCAUCCAUUUCCGGGUUCAUGUUCGGUUACGACACCGGUUACAUCUCCAGUGCGCUGGUGUCGAUCGGCACAGACCUCGACGGAAAAGUCCUCACGUACGGCGAAAAGGAAAUCAUCACUGCAGCCACGUCGCUCGGGGCCCUGAUCACCUCGAUCGUCGCGGGUACCGCGGCCGACCUGUGGGGCCGCAAACCGUGUCUGAUGUUCUCCAACCUGCUUUUCGUGGUCGGUGCCGUGCUCCAGAUCUCGGCCCACCGCUUCUGGCAGAUGGCUGCCGGCAGGCUGAUCAUGGGUUUCGGCGUGGGUAUCGGGUCCCUGAUUUCGCCGCUCUUCAUCAGUGAAAUCGCCCCCAAAAACAUCCGUGGCCGUCUCACCGUCAUCAACUCGCUGUGGCUGACCGGCGGUCAAUUGAUCGCCUACGGCUGCGGUGCGGGUCUCGACAAAGUCCACAACGGUUGGCGUAUUCUGGUGGGCCUCUCAUUGAUUCCCACCGUCAUCCAGUUCACCUGUUUCUGUUUCUUGCCCGACACGCCACGUUACUACGUGAUGAAGGGCGAGCUCCAAAAGGCCUCCAACGUGCUUUCCAAGAGUUACGUCGACGCGCCCGAGGAUUUGAUCGAGCAAAAAAUUAAAGAACUAAACGCUCUAAACAGAGCGAUCCCCGGCGAUACCGUCUGGGAACGUAUCUGGAACACCAUCAAGGAAAUUCACACUGUUCCUUCCAAUUUCCGUGCCCUCAUUAUCGGUUGUGCUCUGCAAGGUAUCCAGCAAUUCUGUGGUUGGAACUCGCUCAUGUAUUUCUCCGGUACUAUUUUCCAAACGGUUGGGUUCUCCAACUCCACCGCCGUGUCCAUCAUCGUCGCAGGUACCAAUUUCAUCUUCACCUUGGUUGCGUUCUUCGCCAUUGACCGUAUUGGUCGUAGAGUCAUUCUGUUGAUCGGCCUACCUGGUAUGUGUGGCGCCUUGAUUGUUUGCGCCAUUGCCUUCCACUUUAUGGAUAUCCAGUUCAAGGGCACCGAAGCUGUGGUUGCCAAUGGUGGCUUCAGCGCCUGGGGUAUCGUGGUGAUCGUGUCCAUCAUCGUGUACGCCGCGUUCUACGCUCUUGGUAUCGGUACCGUGCCAUGGCAACAAUCCGAGCUUUUCCCUCAAGCUGUAAGAGGUAUCGGUACGUCUUACUCUACCGCCACCAACUGGAGUGGUUCUUUGGUCAUUGCCUCCACAUUCUUGACCAUGUUGCAAAACAUCACUCCAACGGGUACUUUUGCAUUUUUCGCAGCUCUGUCCUUCAUAUCUUUCUUGUUCUGUUACUUCUGUUACCCAGAGUUGUCUGGUCUCGAAUUGGAAGAAGUUCAAAUGAUCUUGGCAGAUGGCUUCAACAUCAAGGCUUCCAAGACUUUGGCCAAGAAAAGAAAGCAGCAAUUGGCAGCUCAAAAGGCCGCGGCCAAACACGGCGGCCUAGAAGAAUUUCACAAGAGCAAGCCUUCCGACGAAUUGAUGGAGUGCUAG